AUGUUGAAAACAUUCAAAUCCUCAAUCCAUGUGAGUAGAAUUAUGCUAGUUUGUUUCAAAAUCCCUUCUUUUUCACUAUGCUCAACAACCGCACAUGGAAAUGAUUUCAAUGCUGAGAGUGACACAGAGUGGGAGAGAUUACUCACCCCUUUUGACCUCAAACAGCUUCAAAGGUCACUUAACCCAAUUAGCCCAUCUCAGCUUUGUAAAUUGCUGGAGCUCCCUCUUGACAUUCCCAUUUCAAUGGAGCUUUUUGAAAAGGCUGGUUCCCAAAAGGGUUAUUCUCACUCCUUUCAUGUGUACUAUGUUUUAAUUGAUAAGCUUGGUGCUGUUGGGGAAUUCAAAAUUAUUGACAAGUUGUUGAAGCAAAUGAAAGAAGAAGGAUUUGUGUUUAAAGAAUCAUUGUUUCUUUUGAUUAUGAAAUAUUAUGGGAAAGCUGGUUUGCCUGGCCAAGCAACAAGGCUUUUGUUGGAUAUGUGGGGUGUUUAUUCUUGUCACCCCACUUUUAAAUCCUAUAAUGUUGUGUUAGAAAUUUUGGUUGGUGGAAAUUGUCCCUCUGUAGCGCCUAAUGUUUACUAUGACAUGUUGAGUAGGGGUGUUUCUCCAACUGUGUAUACAUUUGGGAUGGUCAUGAAAGCUUUGUGUAUGAUAAAUGAGGUUGAUUCAGCUUGCUCACUUCUAAGGGACAUGACAAAGCAUGGGUGUGUUCCGAAUUCGGUCAUUUACCAAACCUUGAUUCAUACCCUUUCGGAAAACAACAGGGUGAAUGAAGCAAUGAAACUUUUGGAGGAAAUGUUUCUGAUGGGUUGCAAGCCUGAUGUUCAGACCUUUAAUGAUGUUAUCCAUGGCCUCUGCAGGGCCGGUCGGAUUCAUGAGGCAGCAAAGUUGCUUGAUCGAAUGCUCCUUCGAGGUUUCAGCGCUGAUGAUCUAACUUAUGGAUAUAUAAUGCAUGGGUUGUGCAAGAUGGGGCAAGUUGAUGAGGCAAGGGCCUUGCUAAACAAAAUUCCCAAUCCAAAUACUGUGCUCUAUAAUACAUUAAUUAAUGGUUAUGUUGCUAGUGAACGGUUUGAAGAAGCCAAGGAUCUUUUGUACAAUAACAUGGUUGUUGCAGGCUAUAAGCCUGAUGCCUUCACAUUUAACAUAAUGAUCGAUGGACUUUGCAAGAAGGGGUAUUUGGUCUCUGCUCUCGAAUUCUUAUAUGAGAUGGUAACAAAGGGCUUUGAGCCUAAUGUGAUCACAUACACCAUAUUGAUAAAUGGUUUCUGCAAGCAAGGCCGAUUAGAGGAAGCUGCUGAAGUUGUGAAUAGCAUGUCAGCCAAGGGUCUCAGUCUGAAUACAGUGGGUUACAAUUGCUUGAUUUGUGCCCUUUGCAAAGAUGGGAAGAUUCAAGAAGCUUUACAAAUAUUUGGUGAAAUGCCAAGCAAAGGAUGUAAACCUGACAUCUAUACAUUUAAUUCUUUAAUAUAUGGACUGUGCAAGAAUAAUAAGAUGGAAGAGGCCUUGGGUUUGUAUCAUGACAUGUUCUUGGAGGGCGUUAUUGCCAACACUGUAACUUACAACACUUUGAUUCAUGCAUUUCUUAGGAAAGAUUCAAUUCAACAAGCGUAUAAGCUAGUUGAUGAGAUGCUAUUUAGAGGGUGUCCCCUUGACAAUAUUACAUAUGAUGGCCUUAUUAAGGCUCUCUGUAAAACUGGGGCAGUAGAGAAAGGACUGGGAUUGUUCGAAGAAAUGCUUGGGAAAGGGAUUUUUCCUAGUAUUUACUCUUGCAAUAUUCUGAUCAAUGCCUUAUGUAAAAUUGGAAAAGUAAAUGAUGCUCUUCAAUUUCUUCGGGAUAUGAUUCAUCGUGGUUUGACACCAGAUAUAGUCACUUAUAAUUGCCUGAUCAAUGGUCUUUGCAAGAUUGGUCAUGUUCAGGAGGCUUUGAACCUUUUUAACAGGUUACAAGCUGAAGGAAUUCGUCCUGAUGCUGUUACAUAUAACACACUGAUCAGUAGGUACUGCUACGAGGGUUUAUUUAAUGAUGCAUGUCUGCUUUUAUAUAAAGGUGUCGAUAACGGGUUCAUACCUAAUGCUAUCACUUGGUCAAUAUUGAUUAAUUAUUUUGCAAAAGAAAGUGUCAGGGGGAGUAAGACCUUCUUCUGGGGUUGAUAGGGUGAAAUGCAGAGCAUCUUCUCUGAAGCCAACAUUCUAUUCAGCUCACUUUAUGUUACUCCUUGAUCUCAUUUUAUUUGUCUGUUGGUAUUCUGAUUAUGAGCUAAUGUUGGCUAUCAAUUUUGAUCAAUUUACUAUUCUCAUGGGAAAUUAGGACUCCAGCAUUUGACUGUAAAUUAUUUUGAAGAUUUGUAAAUUGUGAUUGGUAGUUGGACUCUGGAGUUUACUCAAGCUCAGAAUGAGGGAAGACGGAUUUUGAGUCAUCACAUCAAACUGAUCAAAGUUUUCUGUAGCUGAAGCAUAAGAAUUCACUUUUAAUGUGUGUAUCAGUAGAGGGGAAGAUAGCUGGCUGGUUCCACUGCAGAUUAGAGGUAGCCAACUGUUGACAUGAGCAUUAUUUGUCCAUUAAUAAAUGCAAACUUUGAACUCUCAUGGACUUGAGGUUAAACUCAUUGUUGCAACCCAAGAUUUUAUAUACCAUUAUACCAAGCAAUGACUGCUUCUGCUCUCCUGCAAAUGAGGACAGUGGAUCCUUCAAAUUCUUUUUCGAAUAUCUGUUGCAUAUCCUUCACUGUCCAAGUUUUCCCAGUGCUCCUACUCUUUUAAACCAGUACAACACAUUCAAGUCCCAAUCUUCCCUUGUAUCCAAUUUUCAAGGAAACUAGGUGCCUAAUCAGUACUAACUUUUGCAACUGCAGUUCCAGGCUUCCAGCAUUAUCACCCUAAUUAGCGGCAAAAGAAACUUCAACAUCCACAGCAGCAGAUCCCAAAUGUCAUAUAUAUUCUUUGUCUAAUUUUUGCAUCAGCUGACAGCUACCCCGUUCUCAAUCUUCAUUUGUGCAGGAAAUAGCUUGACAUUGCAAGUGCUUCUUGGGUAAAUUUAUUG